AUGGAUCGUGAACAAUGCUGCGCCGUCUACAUCGAUGAACGAGUCGCAAACGAUUGUUGGGUUGCAAAAGAGAAUCUGAAUGACAAAACCUCCCUUCCUCUGCUCGAAGACUGCGAUGACCUAGCCAAUAACAUAGAACAGAUCCUAGACAUCUGUAAACAAGUGUAUCUCUGUAACUCCGGGAAGACUUUUUCGAGCAAACUUGCAGAGUUACACGAAAACUCGAGUGAGACUUGUGCUCCAAUUCUAGCUUUUAUCGAUAUUGGUAUCAAAGGGGGCAAUGAAUUAGUACACCGCCGUUCGAUCGCCCAAAGUUCUGUGCAACUCCCUGUGUCACCGGCAGUUCUAAAGCGCAGCAUGACCUUUUCGACCGAAUCGGAAGAACUCUAUGGCUUUCAUCUCCUUUCUAGAUUUUCCGCCGAUAUCCAUGCCCAGGACGAACCCAGUAUCAUUGUACCUGUCGCCAUCCUCCGGUACGCAAAGCCGUCUAAAAAUGAUAAACUUGAAUGUGGGCCCCAUGAGAAUGGGCUUUCUGGAAAUCGAGGGGGUAGUUCCCGAUUCCAUGCUACCGAAUUGGACGUGAAACAGAUACGUCGCUGUCUGGACGCUGGAGCCACCGAUGUUCUCACUUGCCCAUUUGAGCAUUCUAGAGUUACGGGACUCGUUCUUCACGCGUACCGCGCACAAAAGGCCACCCAAAAGCACCGGGCACGCUUCUUGACUAGCCGAAAACUGCGACGCCAGUCGUGGGUGGGCGCUGACGGUCAGGAAUCCUAUGGUUAUCUUCGAGAAGCAAUGGUUUCCAAGUUGAUGAAACGGAUAUGCAACCCAGAAGAGUCAAUCGAGGAUUUCCAGGUUGGCGAUGUGGCUGUGGCGGAAAAUCGCAAACCUCUUGUCGAGAGCGAAGUGGCGAGAUGGAACUUCCUAUCCCAUGAUUUCUCAGAUGAUGAGCUGAUCCAUGCUGCCUGCAUUAUGGUUGAACAUGCAUUAUCACUCCCCGAGUUAGAACACUGGAGGAUUUCGACUGAGGAGAUACGGUCAUUCUUAUUAUCCGUUCGUGCUGCCUACAACUCUUUUGUUCUCUACCAUAACUUUCGUCAUGCCAUUGAUGUCUUGCAAUCCCUGUUUCACUUCCUUGUGAAGGUCGGCACUCUCCCGCCAUAUCCUCCAGGGAGUGAGGAGGUAUCCACGGGAAGCGGAAUGGCGUCCAUCUUGACCCCAUUCGACGCUCUUACGUUGCUUAUUACGGCGAUUGGCCAUGACGUCGGCCACCCAGGCGUCAAUAAUGUGUUUCUCGUGAAGCUGAAUGCACCCCUUGCGCAACUCUACAACGAUAAAUCAGUACUGGAAGCUUUCCAUUGUGCCGCCUACUCACAAAUACUUCGACGUCAUUGGCCUUCUGUUUUCAAGGAUACGCGGCUACGGAAGUUGAUGAUCGAUUCUAUCUUAGCUACCGACAUGGGCAUCCAUAACGUGUUUAUGGAGUCGUUGGGCGCGCUUCAGCAACGAUAUCGUUCCAAUAACAGAGCUAUUUGGGGCUGGGAACCCAAAGAUAUUGACAAUCACAGAGCUUUAUUAUGUGCGAUGCUUAUAAAAUGCGCUGACAUCAGCAACGUAGCCCGCCCAUUUUAUAUUGCAGAGAAAUGGACCGAUAUCCUUCAGCUAGAAUUUGCAAAUCAAGGGAGGAUGGAAGCAGAAAUAGGAAUGGAAACAGCCCUUUUCGGCGGCCCGCCAGAGUUAGGCAACUUCGUCAAGAAAGCCAACGGGCAGAUAGGAUUCAUGAAUAUAUUCGCGCUUCCUCUUUUCGAUGGAGUUGCCGACGUCCUUCCAGACAUGGCAUUUGCAGCGAAUGAGAUCCGGCGCAAUAAAGCAAUAUGGCAGAAACUGAUUGAUAAUCACAAGUUUCCCGAGCUGGCAGAGUCGAACAAGGAUAUCAAUUCUCCGCUCGAAACUCGUAGGGCGCCGGAGAAUCCGACCAAACUGGAUUGCAACCCACCGGCAGUGUAUUACACUAUUCCUUGCGAAAGCUCUCCCGAAGGGUCAGGGCAAGCUUCUCCAGGACGUUGCGGUUCGGACGACGAUGCCGACGAAGGGACCGUGACAAAUAUUGAACAGAACUCGCAAGAGUCCUCAACACCGAAAAGUCAUCUACCUCCUCCGUUAUUCCCUAUUAAUAUGAAUGGAGCAAGCAAUGGCGGAGGUCACAUAUCCAGUCAGGCAAACGCGCACGCUACAUCUGCUCCUUAUCCUAAGCCUUACAAUGGUCUCAAUCACCCUCGAUAUCCACAGAUUAUCGCAGCUAGUCCCGUUCCCGCAGGAUUCAGCCAGCCCAGUCAAACCACAAACGGUGUUCGGAACGAAAGCACAAGCACUUACACAAAUAAUACGAUAACGACGCCUAACUCUUCUACCUCUCAAGCUAGCAGUUUAGUUACCGCGGAAAGUAAUAGCUAUGACGAGAAAGAUUAUAGCAAUCGAACAUAUGGGCAACCACUUCGGAGCGGCGUACCAAGUAGUUACGACUCGAGCCUUGGGGACGGCGCUUGUGAUGAACACAUUGCUUACAGACGGCCCUCAACAGCCGCGUUGCCGAUCGACUCAAAUGACCACAACCGUCAAUCUGAACAGAACAACCGUCCUACGCUUGGAAGAACCGCCAGCUUUAUGUCGUCACUUAUUGAUAAGAGUUUCACAACCAAUCAUCACAACGGCUUUGCCCUCAAAAAUCCCUCGUCGCCUACUAGUGCCGGCCAUCCUAAACCCCCGAGCCAUCAUCUACCAUCUAAUUACCAACCAUUACCUGACCAUCAUCGCCCUACUACGAAUGGUACCAGCGGCCAAACCGGGCGUACGUUACCUCGUCGAAGGUCCAGACUAUUUGGGUUUUGGCGACGAAAUAAACAACCUCCUUCGCCCAUACUUAACGAACAUCGUUGA